CAGGGAGGUUCAUCAGACCCGCCGCAGUCAGCUUCUCCGAUUAGUCAGCAACGGCCGGCUGCCCGGGCCUUUCAUCAAGUCGUAACUGCAUACGUCCUCCUCUUGCUCCUUCCCUGUCAGAGCGGUCACUGGAUGAGCUCGAUGAUUUUUAGCCCUUCAGGCUGCUAGCAGGUACCAGCCAGAGAGCACCUCUCGGCGUUGGAAAGAGGAUCAGACACGGCGGGCGAGGGUGUCAACAGUUCAACACAGGACUGCAAACAAACUUGCAGCCCGGAAGCACCGCAAACAUGGGGAAUGCCGCUGUUGCAAUCAAAGAUGCGAGGGUAGUAGUAGUGAGCGCCCUCAUCAGAAGAUGCCGCGUCGUGAGGAAGAAGAUGAAGAAGAAGAUCGGGAAGAAAAUCAUUAAGGAGAUUGAGAGAUUGAACCGCGAGUCUCAAGCCUGCAAGGCCCUGGAGGACGUGGUGAUCGAGAUCGGGACGGUGGAGAAGUUCCUGAACGACAUCCUAAACGAGAAGCCCAUGCGUUUCAGCCCCGAGCAGCUGGCGGCCUGCACCCGGAACUACUCGUCGGAGCUGGGGUCCGGCGGCUUCGGAGUGGUGUACAAGGGCGACCUGCCGAACGGCCUUCCGGUGGCCGUGAAGGUCCUGAAGGUGUCCAUGAACAAGAAGGUCCAGGAGGCGUUCAUGGCGGAGAUCGGCACCAUCGGCCGGACGUACCACGUGCAUCUCGUCCGGCUCUACGGCUUCUGCUUCGACAGGGACACCAAGGCGCUGGUAUACGAAUUCUUGGAGAUGGGCUCCCUCGAGAAGUACCUCUAUGGCGGCGACGAGGAGGGCACGGCGCCGAGGCUGGAGUGGAGGACGCUGCACAGCAUCGCCGUCGGCACGGCGAAGGGGAUCCGGUACCUGCAUGAGGAGUGCCAGCAGCGGAUCGUGCACUACGACAUCAAGCCGGCCAACAUCCUCCUCACCGGCGACUUCACCCCGAAGGUGGCCGACUUCGGGCUGGCGCGGCUCGGCGAGCGGGAGAACACGCACAUGUCGCUGACCGGCGGCGGGCGCGGGACGCCCGGGUACGCGGCGCCGGAGCUGUGGAUGGCGCUGCCGGCGACGGAGAAGUGCGACGUGUACAGCUUCGGGAUGCUGCUGUUCGAGAUCCUGGGGCGGCGGCGGAACUUCGACCCCUGCGUGGGCGAGAGCAAGGAGUGGUACCCGAGGUGGGUGUGGGAGAAGUACGAGCAGGGCGAGCUGGAGUGCGUCGUGUCCGGUGACGGCAUCGGGGAGGCGGACAGGGACAAGGCGGAGAUGAUGUGCAAGGUGGCGCUGUGGUGCGUGCAGUUCCAGCCGGCGGCGCGCCCGACGAUGAGCAGCGUGGUGCGGAUGCUGGAGGGGGAGAUGGCCAUCGUUCCGCCGGUGAACCCCUUCCACUACGUGAUGGACAGUAGCAGCGGCUCCACGAGCUCGGGGCUGUGGAGCAGCGGCACGUACCAGAGCAGCAGGGACACCACCGGCAGAAACAGCCAGAUGUCAGGGAGCCAUUCUGCCUUACAGCUUGACGCGAUGAUCGAAGAUGUUAAGCGGACUGAUGUGCCGGUGUCAAUGAAAUAGAGCCAGUAGUCCUGUCCACAUUUGUUAGUGUAUUUUACGUCUUGUAAAGUAAGCAGAGCGCACUUCUCUGUGUUUAGUCAUACCUGCAUCUUCAUGCUAUUUUAUUUGACCUUGAACCCCUGCAAGUUGAACUAUAGAUUUCAAGAAAACCGUUAUGGGAUCUCAAGCCACUUCUUUUGUGCAGUUACGGGCCCAAUUAGCCAGCCUAUGUUCAAGUUGUGGCCAACACUGAUUGAGCCGUUGAAAAUAGUUUCUUUAGAUAAUGGAAAAAAUUAUCCGGCUUCA